GAACAUUCAUCGGAACCGGCGUCGAAAUCGGUCGACCCCUUUCCGAUUGAUGUUGAACGUGCUGAUGCUGUGGAUGGACAGGAAGAGGCUGCUGAGAGUUUAGAUGAAUUGUCGCCGCCAUAUAUGCUAAAGUUCAAUGUGCCCAGUGCCGAUUUUGAAGAAUGGAAAAGUUAUAUGAAUAGGUAUUUGUUGAGGGUGAGUAUACGUGGAAAGUAUACAACUUUGGGCUUUAGGCCCGAAAAGAGAGUGCUGUACAAUAGACUAACGACUAAUAAAUUAGAGAUUACUUUUGAAAACUUUGCAAAUUUGAGAGGUUUGCCGACUUGGGGUGGGAGCAGUUUUGAACGUAAAGGGAAACUCUACUGA